AUGCAGUUCGUUCUCAAGGACGUCGACUGGUCGAGAGCGUAUUGGACACGGGAGAAUAUAGCACAACUUCAUCAAGGUAAAUGGGCCUCUUUGAACGUUUACGUGUUGCAACUCUCGGAAAAGCACGCCGGGCAGGCGCGGGCGAACCGCUUCGAAGACUCGUUUGAUCCUAUGCAUGACUUCAUCAGGUUGAAUGCCAAGGCUCUGCCAGGCAGCAGCCACGCUCUCUACAACGAGGGUAAAUCGUUGCCCCACGAAAUUGCCCACUGGCUCGGCCUGGGCGCUCAUUCGGCAGGCAGGUCGUGCGUCUUCAACGCCGGCAAUGUUCCCGCCGAAAAGCCGGCAAUCGAAGGGGGCCGCAUCAGCGAGACCUGUGUCGAAGAGGAGUACGAAAACACCACGAACAAUUUGUUGAUUACAGUUGCGCCAGAUAACUGCAGCUGGCAGUUUACUUGCGAGCAGGUCCGGCUCAUGCGCGAGUAUUGGACUAAGAGGGUCGAGGCAGACGCUAAGGGCGACCCAGGCACUGCUCAAACAGAAUAA